AUGGCCGACGACAAGAAGCCCACGACACUCGCCCCGCCUGCCGUCACCGCCCUGAGGCAGGAGGCAGCGGGGUCGACGACGCACCGCCAGAACAUGGAGCGUUCCGUCAGCCAGGACAUGCGCAACGAGCGAGCAGACCUCAAAGAGGCGGCCGAGCACAGCCUCAACAUCAUCAUGGACCUGGACCUCCAAGGCAAGAUCCGCUAUGUCAGCCCUUCGUGGACAGAUGUCAUCGGUACCCUGCCCAAGGAAGUCACUGGACGGCCCGUGCUAGACAUGAUAUGUAGCGGUGUUGAUGGCUUCGCCGAGACCAUCGAGUCAGUGAGGAAAGAUGACUCCCGCAGCCAUAUCGCCCGUUUUGCCGUGCGACUCGGCCCCCACUCAAUACUGCGGAAGCGACGAUCCAAGCACGCCGUUGCCGAAGGAAACGAGCUGAUGCCAAUGUCUCCAACAGACACUUCUGACGACGAGGAGCAGUAUCUGAAUCUAGAAGCACAGGGCAUCAUGGUUUACGACCGGACGACUGGAGCCGAGAGCCACACCAUGUGGAUGGUACGCCCCUCCGUCAUUCGUGAGGUGACAAUUGACCUUCCAGAGCUUCUCGUCGAGUCUCUCGGUGUAGGAGCAGAAGUGCUAGCCCACUACCUCACCGGCCUCGCAGAGCAAAGUGCCACUGAUCCCGGCAACCACGCACCCCCACUGCCCGUCCUUUGUCGAAUCUGCGAGCGCCAGAUAACGCCCUGGUGGUUCGAGAAGCACUCUGAGCUAUGUCUCCAAGAGCACCGCGCCGAAAUGGACGUGCAGAUGGCCCAAGAAACCCUCGCCGAACACCGCAACGCCAUUGUCAAGGUCCUCGAUACCCUAGAGUCUCACAGUCAACGCUCUCGGGCUGCCUCCAUGGACUCUGUGCAGCCACUGCAACCCGCAGAGUACAAGGGUCUGAUUAUCCAUUCGACAUCGACACCAACAUCGGGCACACCUUCUGGACGAAACUCGCCGGCAUCUCCGCCAUCGAGAUCCCGCGAACGCUCUGAGCGCGGAGCUGGGUUUGGUCACCAUCGUGCGCGAUCAUUUGCUGUUCGACGGCCUCUAGCACGCAUCGUUGAGUUAGUGCUAGACUUGUGCGACACGGCUUUGGAAAUUAACACACCGGCAAUCAAGGACACCGGUCGCGGUCAGGCAGCCACCGAGGUUCGCACGCAAUCUCCGCAGUCAGAAAACCGUAUAUCGCAAGUCCUGCAAUGGCAGUCACCCACAACAGGCUCGGUCGACCACACAGAAGGCCUCAAACUUCUAUGUGAAGACACCAGCAAACUUGCCAAAGCCAAAAUCGACGCCGUCACUCGCCACAGGCGGGUUCUUGAGUAUUCCGAACGUCUACGCAUCGAAUUUGACAUCUUGGUUCAGGAAUGCAUCGAGGCCGCCAUCCUCAAAGCUGCCCGCAUCGCUGCAGGCGAAGACAGUUCGUCGGAAGACGAGCAACCCGAAGAAGAAGAAGAGGAAUUACCCUCAGACGUUCACGAUACAGACACAGCCACAGGCGAGGAAGCCAUGUUCCCCGGGUCUUUUGAUGCCCCUUCUACAAUCGUUCAAGCUUAUCGCAAUCAAUCAGAAAUUUCCCUACCAGCACGAGUCGGACGUCGGGAAUCCUCUGUCGCAGGCUCAAAUCGUUCUAGCAGCCCGAAAGGAGGAUGCCAAACACCACGGUCGCACGCAGGUGCUAUUAGCAUAGCACCCCAAAGCAAGCGUCAAUCUAUGCAUUUCGAAAGCGAUACCGGUGCUGAUAGUGAUACCAGCAUGCGAUCUUCAGUUCUGUCCGGUCCUAGGCGAGCCGACUCACCUGCGGCCUCUGACGUCGGCUUAAGUAGGGUAGCCAGUUCGCGGGAACGCAAGCGAAAGAGUUUGAUUCUCCCCAGUGUCAUGUCUAGUCGACAACACUCACCCGCUCGUUCCAUGGUGCCUCCACCAUCUUCACCACUUCGGACGACGAAGCCACGUCUUCCCAGUGGUAUUGAGGGUGUACAGUCACCGAUCAUGUCACCAGUUCUACCCACAACAGAAUUUUCUUCACCUGCGAUGGCACAUGCUUUGGGUCACCAUCACCGUAGGCAGUCAUCUACUGCUGGCUCCGAUGGCCCGAGACCCAUCUCCCCUCGUUUGAUUCCCACCACUCAGCCGCAACCCCGCGCUGUUCCGCCAUCAAUCAAAGACUUUGAGAUCAUCAAGCCAAUCAGCAAAGGUGCUUUUGGUAGCGUCUAUCUCGCAAAGAAGAAAUCUACAGGAGAGUACUAUGCCAUUAAAGUGUUGAAAAAGGCGGACAUGGUUGCAAAGAACCAAGUCACCAACGUCAAGGCAGAGCGAGCCAUCAUGAUGUGGCAGGGCGAGAGCGACUUUGUUGCCAAGCUUUACUGGACAUUUUCAAGCAAGGACUAUCUAUAUCUGGUCAUGGAAUAUCUGAACGGUGGAGAUUGUGCUUCGCUAAUCAAAGUCCUUGGUGCGUUGCCAGAAGACUGGGCGAAAAAGUACCUCGCCGAGGUUGUCCUUGGUGUGGAGCAUCUCCAUAGUCGGAGCAUUGUUCACCGUGAUCUCAAGCCUGACAACCUCUUAAUUGACGGUAAAGGUCAUUUGAAGCUGACCGAUUUUGGACUGUCGCGCAUGGGUAUGAUCGGUCGACAAAAGCGUGCACUCAAAUCAUCAGUUGAACCUGCGCCGGAUCUGCUCAAGACUGGCCCCUUCCAUCGCGCCAUCUCAGUUGGAUCUUCUCGUUCUGCGUCAUUUGAUCUCAACCACUCGCCUACAAAUACGCCUUCCAUGACGCCUGCUCUUGCUGGUGACAUUGGCCAACCCUCGUACUUUAGCUUGAACCGAGACAAUUCGCAGCAAGGUCGCGAGCCUUCAAGGCGAGCAUCAGGAACUCGGAGCGACAGCCAAGACAGCGAUGCGCUACAAGCCAUGUUCCGUCGCUUCUCAAUAGCGGAUGAUGCGUUCAGCCAUCCUCGUGGAAGAUCGCCCAUAGAAGAAGAGGCAUUCAGUGAUGAUGGCUCACCAGAUCUGUUCCCUGCACCUAAUUCCAUGAGCCAGUCUAGUGUAGCUCAAAAUGGCGCCUUUCCUUCAUCGUCAGUAAUGCCGCCUCCGCCAAUGACCCUGUUCGAUCCAGAAGACAACGAUCGGAAGUUCGUUGGUACUCCUGAUUAUUUAGCACCGGAGACGAUUGCUGGUAAUGGCCAAGACGAAGUCAGCGAUUGGUGGUCUCUGGGAUGCAUUUUGUUUGAAUCUUUGUAUGGCUACCCUCCAUUCCACGCAGACACACCAGACGAGGUGUUUCAGAACAUUCUUGCGCGAAAGAUCGAUUGGCCCGAGGAUGACGAUGAUGUGUAUGACAUCUCGGACGAGGCAAAGGACCUUAUGAACCGCCUGAUGUGUUCUGACCCCGCCGAGCGACUUGGUGCCAACAAAGACGACAAAUUUGCUAGUGGCGGCGAAGAAAUCAGAAACCAUCCGUGGUUUGCAGGUAUGAACUGGGAUACGUUGCGCGAUGAUGAAGCUUCUUUCAUCCCUGCGCCAGAGAACCCUGAAGACACAGAGUAUUUUGACGCUAGAGGAGCUGCCAUGGCCAACUUCAGCCCCGAGUUUGAGGACCAAGCAACUACACCGGCUGGCACUCCGAGUGCUGAUUACCCUGAUCGACCACACGAUGCUCUAUCUCGAGUAAGGUCCCAAGUAACUGUGUCAACCAUGAAGCGUGGCCUGAUACCUCUUCACAUCCCAGCUCAUCUUUCCAAGAUGCCCUCGACACCAUCUGGAACUGUAUCCGGGACCACUCAGGAGAAAGCGACUCCCGAGAAGCGCCAAUCGUCGGGCCAGACAGCAUCUACCUCACCUCGCUCUCGAUCACAAACACUUGGAUCCCAAGAGGAAGACGUUGUGCGGGAUGUUCUACCAGGGCACUACAAGCGUCGAAGCCAGGUACUGGAUGUCUCGCCGUCAUCAUCAGAUACUGAAGAUUCUCGUGCCAAGGCCCUGCUUCGCGUGCAGCGACGCAGACAGAGCUCUCGAAGACUUUCACAAAUCAGCUUCGGGGACGGUCCUUUCUUCCGGCCCCUGGAUGUUUUGAUUUGCGAAGACCAUCCAGUGUCACGUCUUGUCAUGGAGAAGCUGCUCGAAAAGUUGCGCUGCCGCACGUUGACUGUCACCAAUGGAUCUGAAGCUAUACGUUAUGCUAUGGGAGAAGUCAAGUUCGAUGUGAUCAUGAUGGAAUUCCGGCUGCCUCAAGUCAACGGUGCAGACGUUGCUCGCAUGAUUCGCGAUACCAAGAACGCCAAUACCCACACUCCAAUCGUCGCUGUCACGGGAUACCUCAAGGAGCUCCAAGCGCCCCACUAUUUCGACGCACUCAUCGAAAAGCCCCCUACUGUUGCUAAACUUACAGACACGCUAAGUAGGUUGUGUCAGUGGAAAGCACCGCCACCAAACUGGACGCCGAGUCAAAUGUAUCCGUCCAUGAUGCCGUCUGGACUCCGACAAGAGUCUUCGCGUCAGGAGGACAGCCCCACAUCCAACUCUUCUGGCUUCCCACCCGUACCCUCUGGUAGUUACCGAGGGUCUAGCCGCGAGGACUCAAUUAGCUCUAGCUUCUUCGGGGACAAUGAGAGUCGCGCAAGCGAGGAUAUGCCUGUACGCAUCCACAACGCAGACGAUUGGCGCGAGAGGGCCAUCGCCAGAGCCAUGACCAACCUGGGCAUCGCGGAUGAUGCAGCCAAAGCGGAUCCCAAGUCUGCUGUACCCAAUCGUAGUGGUGCACCUGACCUACCCCACGGGGACUCCGCACCAGCCGUUCUCGAGCAGGCAACGAUCCGCCGACAAAGAUCGUCAGAGCAAGUGGGCGCGAAGCGUCGCAUAUUAGAGACGCGGAAACACGAAUCCGCGGAGUCUGGUGAUGACGAGGAUGAUGAGUUGGGACAUGCUACUGUCCGAGCUAAAAGUCCCAAAACGCGGCCCAAGUCGACCUCGAAGCUUGGCAUCGAGAUGAUGCGAACGAACAGCAGAGGCAGCGUCAUCUCUUUUGAAGACUUUGGUCAGCCAGACUCAACGCUUCCUUCAUCCCCUCCUCCCAUGAUUACAGAGGAUCGCGCAGCGGAAGAAUACGAAGGCAGUCUCGGUACGCCCGCCGUUGCACCCAUGUCACUUACACCGCCGGUGAUUUUUCCCGAACAGCCUGGUGAUGACGUAACCGACUUUGUCAUGGAAACACCAAGGGCGCAAAGGGAUGCAACCCCAGAUCCAGAUCCUACACCCAAAGCAAAGACUAUCGGUAGGACAUACGCCACAGUCGCUGCUUCUGCUGCCACAACUCCGGAUCCUGAUCCUACGCCCAGGGCGAAUAGCGCCAACGAGUAA